AUGUCAGCUACCAAAGACGUCAUCGAGCGCGAGGAUUCGAGCCCAAGUGGUGAAUUCUCCGAAAAUAUCGACCACACAGCAACUCGUGCGACUUAUAUCGAAGCAGAUGAGUUAUCUCGAGAGCAUAGAGAAUAUCUUCUAUCAAAACAUGGAACUCUGGAUCUAGAUCCUCUGCCUAGUCAUAGUGAUGCGGAUCCAUACAAUUGGACAAAUAAAAAGAAAGUUACAAACCUUUUCCUCGUUGCAUUUCAUGCUUGCAUGUCAACUUUUACAGCAGCAGCCAUUAUUCCUGCCUACGAAAGCAUUGCAGAAGAAUUAGGUAUAUCUUUACAACAAGCUACAUAUCUUACUUCGCUCCAAAUUGCCAUUGCGGGAGUUGCUCCUCUAUUCUGGAAACCACUAUCCAACAUUUACGGACGAAGACCUUUAUUUCUUAUAUCACUUCUGGUUAGCAUGGUUGGAAAUAUAGGAUGUGCUAAGUCACCUACCUAUGCCAGUAUGGCAGCCUGUCGUGCAAUCGUUUCUUUCUUCAUCUCUCCAGCUGCAGCAAUUGGUAGUGCGGUCGUCACAGAAUCAUUCUUCAAAAAAGAUCGAGCUCGUUAUAUGGGAAUCUGGACACUGAUGCUAACAGUUGGUGUACCAUUUUCUCCCUUCAUCAUGGGAUUUGUCGCCGUUCGCGUAGGUUGGAGAUGGAUUUAUUGGAUCGUCGCAAUUAUUAAUGGUGUUCAAUUCAUUGCAUAUCUUUUCUUGGGUGCAGAAACUCGUUACCUUCGUCAUGGAGUUCAGCAUCCUAAAUCCUCUUUCAGAGAAAAGUACUUUACCUUUCAUCGAAUUGACCCUACACCUCUUCGCAUCUACGAUUUCGUCCAUCCUCUCACCUUAUUCGCCAAACCAUGCAUCUUCAUUCCCGCCGCCGCAUACGCCAUGGUCUUCCUAUUCGCAUCAGUCAUGAUCACCGUCGAACUCCCCCAAUUAUUUGCCGCCAAAUUCGGUUUCGACGCUCAACAACUCGGAUACCAAUUCCUCGCUUUAAUCAUCGGUUCCAUAAUCGGCGAACAACUCGGAGGUACACUCUCUGAUUUCUGGAUGAAUCGCCGCACGCGCAAAACAGGUGUACAACCAGCCCCCGAAUACCGUUUAUGGUUAAGUUAUGCAGGAUUCAUCCUCACCAUCGUCGGAGUCGUGGUUUUCCUAGUAAGAACUGAACAGGCGAGGGAUAUGCAUUGGAAUAUUACACCUGUGAUUGGUAUUGCAAUUGCGGGUGUUGGAAAUCAAAUUGUUACGACCGUUUUGAUUACUUAUGCGGUGGAUUCACAUUUGGAGGAAUCAGCUAGCAUUGGUGUUUUUGUCACUUUUGUAAGACAGGUUUGGGGAUUCAUUGGUCCUUUUUGGUUCCCCUCAAUGUUCACAAACCUCGGUCUCUCAUCCAGUGCAGCAGUAGCUGCUGCUCUCCUCGUCGGUGUUAGUAUCAUCCCAACAUUCAUCAUACAAUUAAUGGGGAAGAGAUGGAGACCAUCUAGACCCGCAGAUACAAUUGGACGGAAUAGUGAUGGGGAACAAGGUGUUGUGGUUGGAAAUGCAGUUGGGGAUGAGGAGAAAAGGGUAAUAAAGUCAUGA